AUGGCCUUCGUCAAUACAGACGAGCGGAAUGUCUACGACAUUAAGAUUUAUUCCGAAAUAUCCAGCGACGCUCUGCUUGUCCUGCCCGAAAAUCGCAACAUCAAAUUCGAAUGCGCCGAAGGGGAAGAUCUACCGCUGCCGGAUCCCGCGUAUCUGGGCUGCCACUACCGUGUGGCUGAGAUCCUCCAUGCUUCGGGUCUGGCGCAGUACAUUGAAAGCAAAAUCCAAGACUGGGUAGACCUGAAACAGUCUGGUGGAACAGAUGGCUCCCUCCGUCCAGAUGGUUCGACCGAUGUCACCCGCAUUCUGAACACCGCUCUGUGGGCCGCAGUUGCGGGAUGA